AUCGCUGCGGCUACAGAUUGAGCUUAGCCAGCAUAAGCCCACCAACGUGAUUUGCCCUAAUUAUUUAUCGAUGACAUAUGUGUAAUGCGAUAUUUAGCGGUCACCGUUUAUUACCCAACUAUAAACAUGAUUAUUUGCUUACUCGACGUUAUACUUGCAAACAACAAUUCAUCUGCAAUACCAACCAGCGUAUGCAGUAUAUAAUUUUAGCCUCAUUUUAGUCAAUUACGAAUAUCGAAUCACUAUAAACCCUCAUUGUGUACUAUUUAUUAUCUUGCGGUUUCUAUCUGUAAAAGUGCAAAGAGAUACCGUAACUAGUGGAAUUCUAUGAAUAAGUAAUUGUAGUGCAAACGCUUACACGGAUACGUGCGCACGAUCAUAGGCAAGGUCGGAGAAAGCGGCCGGAGUGAGAAAGUUCUAAUUUCGGAAAGUAUUCCGAGUAGUAACCUUGGCAGGGGGAAAAAGAACCGUUAUUCCAAAGAAAUUGAUAAUCAUAAUUUAAAGGUUCAGUGAAUCGACGGCCGGCAACGAAUGAAAACAACUGUGGUAUCCAAGUCGAGUAAAGGCCCAAACAUGUUCCUCUUAUUCGGUUCAAUUUUCGUUCUCGCAGCCGGCUUUGCGGCUUAUUUCAAACCGAAGAAAAGCCUGUCCCACAUCAGCACGGAAAUACUGUACGAAUUCAAGUACAACGCGCUUGGAAUGAAGGCGGUCGUAGCAGAUUUUCUUGAAUGUAAACGCAACAGAAUCGACCUACCUAAAAAGGCGGGAAAAGUUGCCAUCGUUACGGGUGGAUCUCGAGGAAUCGGAGCUGCGGUUGUUAAAAUGCUGCUUCAAUGUGACAUGGAAGUAAUAAUUGCGUGCAGAACGCCUGCAGCUGCCGACAGACUCGUCAGAUCGCUGAGAGAGUCAGGGGUGACUGGAGGAUCGACAAAGGUUUAUCAAUUGGAUAACAACAGCCUUGAAUCUGUGAGGAGGUUUGCCGAAUCCAUCAAGGCGGAGUACCAGAAAAUUGAUAUUCUCGUGAACAAUGCUGGCGUCAUGUUUACUCCUUAUUCUGAAACUAAGGAAGGUUUCGAACAGCAAUGGGGUGUUAAUUACCUCUCUCAUUUCUUGUUGACGUCGCUGCUUCUACCUUUGCUAAAAGCGGCUGGAUCGUAUAACGAGUCGGCUAGAAUCGUCAAUGUCUCUUCGUGCGCUCAUCUCGUUGGCACGAUAAAUUUUGAUGAUAUUAAUUCGAAAAAAUGUUUCAUCACGUCAGCUGCGUACGCUCAGAGCAAAUUGGCUCAAGUGAUGUUUACGAGAUCCAUCCAAGAACUGCUGGCAAAGGAGGGUAUUUGCGUCAAAGCUUACUCCGUUCAUCCUGGAAUAGUGAAUACGGAUCUUUUUAAUAAUACAGCGUUGAAAAAGUAUGCCCAGUGGAUAAUCAACUUGUUCUUCAAGAAUCCAACGCAAGGGGCUACUCCAAUUAUUUAUGCUGCUGUGAGUAAUGAGAUCGAAGGGAAAGGUGGAAUGUACGUCAGUAACUGUGGCGAAAGUCCAGUUAACGACGAAGUUGAGGAUCCAGAGAUUCGCCAACGACUGUUCAAUUUGUCGCUGGAACAAACUGGAUUAAAAAGUUUUAUCUAAAAUUUAAUUACUUCUGAUAUUGCUUUCCAUAACAAGCAGCCGUAAAAUGCUACAAAACCACAUUGUGAGUUACUUUGACAAGUUAAAGAACUAGAUCAUGACAUUCUGUAGCUAACAUAUAAGUAUUAACUUGAAAACAUACUCGUUGUAUAUAGCUGUUAAACAAAAACAUAAGUAUUACAAUAUUCAUGUACUUAAAACGGAUUGAAAUAUUUGGCCUUGAAAAGGGUAAAAAUAUUAACUUGUUGAAUUAUUUCACGAAUAAUCAACAAAGAAGAAAAGACUGAUGCGUUCAGUUCAGAGAUUUUAUUUGGUUACAAAGAAUAGCAAGUGUAUGGAGACUGGACAAAAAUAUACAUCAUGUAUUGAUAACUUUACAGAGAAAAAAUUUGACAUAUUCUUAGAAUAAAUAAUUAUUUCUAGACUUUAAAAUGUCUUUGAUAUUAUAUAUGAAAGUUGUUGCCUAUUUAUUUUUACAACAUAGUGUU